CAUAUAUUCUUUGCGAAGGCCCCGGCGAGCCGGGGGGUGAUGCGCCUGGAGUCGGGAUUUCCCCGGCCCGACCCCGGACUGCACAGACUGCACCGGGCCAGCACUGACAUCUUCAUUACAGUGUUUAUGUAUGUAGCUUCUAUUUGCUAUUAUUGACGUAGAAUGCACCGGAGCCGGCGUGGACCCCGGUGGUUGCAGCUUCGUUAAAGCCGCGAUUCUGCGGCUGCGAGCGUUCUGGGCCGCUCGGUCUCUGAGGCUCCGGACCAGCGCCAACUGUGUGGCCCAUGCAGGCAUCCCCAAGCUAUAAAUACAUUACGAUUUCACUGCACUGCAUAACUUACUUCAUCGCUCACUCCACAACACUACUCCACACCCCGUAACAUCCUGCAUCUGUUAUUUCGCCUUUCUGCUUAAAACCACUUCGAAAAGAUGCAGUCCGCUACCAUGAUUGCUGGUCGUCGCAUGGCUGUGGCCCCGACCCAGCGCCCUGCUUGCCGCUUCGUCGUCAAGACUCGGAUGGCCCCCAUCCGUGCGGCUCCCCAGGACGAGUCGGCUCCGUCCACCUCCGCCCCUACCCCCACCCCCGCCCCUGCUCCCCUGGCCUCCAACGUGAGCGGCGAGAGCCCCGCUGCCACCCUGAACAUUCUGGGCCCCGUCCAGGAGGCCAUCAACGGCCGCUCCGCCAUGCUGGGCUUCGUGGCCGCUGUGGUGUCCGAGUCUCUGACCCACCAAUCCAUCUUCAGCCAGAUCGCCGGCAAGUACGUUGACGGCGAAAUUGUUGAGGCUCCCUUCGGCACCAGCACUCUGCUGUUCUUCGCCGUCGUGCUGCUGACCACCAUGGCGACCCUGGUGCCCAAGAUGGUGCACUCUCUGAACGUGGACUCCCGCUCCUUCGGCCCCUUCACCCCCGGCCUCGAGCUGACCCUGGGCCGCGUCGCGCAGCUGGGCUUCGCUGGCCUGCUGAUCGUGGAGCUGGUGAAGGGCUCCGCCCUGCUGGGCUAAAUGUGCUGCUGAUUUGCAGCUGCAAGCCGAGCGAUUCUUGUUUCUGGUUUGGAUUAUAGUUAGCAACGACCUUGUAUUUUCCCCAUGCACUGGUUAGGCACCGGCCACUGCCCCUGUGGUUGGGAAGAUGUGUCUGGUAACUGCAAAGAGUGGCGCCCUGCAUUGGUGCGGCUUGAUGCACGCAUUGUUUUCUGUUUACGGCCUUGUUCCGUGAGUGGUUGAUUGAGAGUGUGCCGUGGGUAAUGCAGUGCCUGUCACCGAAAGGGCACAGCAAGCUUCCAGCACAGACUGCGUAUUUAAAGUGUUAAUGUCUUGUUCCUGAAGUGAGAGCGUGUGUAUGAGAGAAGCUGUUAGGAGGGACGAUUUUGGCGAGCACUAGCCUUGCAAGCGGAGUGUGACUGACCCAGAGUAGGAAGCAAAUGUGAGAGGACCCGAGAGAUUGAGUGCAGUGCCAGCCGGCCUAUGGCUGCUGGAGAAUUCUUUUGAUGGCGUGGAGUAAGUAGUAUGCAGCCCGCAACCGUGUGUGCUUGCACACACAGACUGUAACCACUAUGGUGA